GCUUAGCGCCUACGGUCGUAGGAGUUAGGUUCUUUAAUGUGCCUAAACGCCUAACGCGACACGAAAUCCGAAAGACCUGUGACCCUCACUCUAAAUACCGAGCAUUUGGCGAAGGAGCAAUCACUACCUAUAUUUACGUCUUAGGUCUGACGGGGCUCAAACUCACGACCUCCCGGUUACAAAGCGAACACUCUUCCACUAAGCUACUACUCCAGGAAAUUACAGCUGAGAUGAUACCGAUCUUGAUUUUGCUACUCUUGGUCUAUGAUUCACGCGCUGAGACAGAAUCCAAAGGUUCUAAAAAUGUCAUACACGAUUACAUAAGAGAGCAGCAGCCACCUGUCCAAGCAGAUCACCAUGGAGAAGCACAAAAACGGCAACUUGGUAAUGCCAUGCUGCAUGAUACGGAAGAGGCCAUGAGACUAUUGAAACUUGCCACGAGAAUCGCAAUCAAGAACGUUGUUUACACAAGGUGGGGAAAGAAGACCUGUCCUUCGAAAGCCGAGCUAGUUCACUCUGGAUUUGUGGGUGGGUCGCAUUCUUACCAUUCGGGAGCGGCUGUUGAACCUCUUUGUUUACCAAGGGAUCCGGAAUGGGGACUAUACAACAAUAAGGUUGAUCGUUACAGAGGUCUAGUGUAUGGAGCAGAAUACGAGACAAAUUCGUUCUUUCGUCACAUUUCUAACCAUGAUGUACCGUGUGCUGUCUGUCUCAGUCACGGUAGAUCUGUUGUGGAGGUUUUUCCAGCAAGGAAAACUUGUUACAAAGGAUGGAACUUGGAAUAUAGUGGGUAUCUUAUGGCGGGACAUUGGGACUACCAUGCUGGAACAAAGUACACGUGUGUGGAUAAAAUACCCGACAUAAUAUAUGGUAGUCAUUCAAAUAAAAAUGGUUACCUAUUUCAUCAUGUGGAGGCCAGAUGUGGAUCAUUGAAAUGUCCACCAUACGUACACGGGCGGGAACUUGUGUGUGCUGUCUGCUCCAGGGCGUGAAAAAUGUGUGCAUGGUUAUAGUCAAUAAAGUUCUUCAUGCAUGGAAUAAUAUCUCGAGAAAUAUUAUUAUUCGCUGAAAUAGCAAAAUUUUAAAAAAGGAUUAAAAAUUUAAACAAACGCCCACACCUUUGGUUGCAUGUGUUUAGAUUUUGUCGUCCGGACACCGACAUUGUGACUGACAGUAACGUCUCUAUAGAUACGCCAAGAUUCAAGUCUAUCCAAACUGUGACCGCUGGACCAAUAAUAGGGCCACAGGAGGGGUGCUUAGUUCUCCAUAGGAGUAUAACGGGGGAAAUAUUUACAAAUCUUCUUUAGAACCACUUGGCCAAACUUCGCACAAAGUAUCCUUGGAUAAAUGGGAUUCAAGUUUGUUAGAAUAAAGGGUUUUCUAAGGUGAGAUAAUUGUAAUAUAGUGAAAAUUUGGUGAUGUCUUUUGAAAUAUUCUCCAUAACCACUGAGCUAAUUUUAACCCAACUUGACACAAGGUAUCCUCGGGUAAAAGGAAUUCAAAUUUGUUCAAUGAAAGUCCAGACCCCUUUCCAAAAGGGACAUGAUUUUGAAUAACUGAAAAUUAAGUGUGUGUCUUACAAAAUCUUCUCAUAACCACUGCACCAGAAUUGUCAUUAUUUACAGGAAAGAUGCUCUACAUCGUACAAGUUCAAGUCUGUUCAAACCGCGACUCCCUGAUUAAUAGCGUGGCCAAAGAGGGAUAAACUGUUCAGGGAAACUGUAUUUAAAGCUACUAAAUUCUAACGCGGAGGGAUAAACUGUUCAGGGAAACUAUUUAAAGGUACUACAUUCUUGCGAGGAGGGAUUAACUGUACAGGGAAACUGUAUUUAAAGGUACUAAAUUCUUACGCGGGGGGAUAAACUGUACAGGGAAACUAUAUUUAAAGGUACUAAAUUCUUACGUGGAGGGAUAAACUGUACAGAGAAACUAUAUCUAAAGGUACUAAACUCUUACGCGGAGGGGUAAACUGUACAGGGAAACUGUAUUUAAAGAUACUAAAUUCUUACGCAGAGGGAUGAAAUGUAUUGGGAAACUAUAUCUAAAAGGUACUAAAUUCUUACUCUUUUCUGUAUGUUGUUUUAUCAAAUCAGUGACUUGAUCGUGCAUAGAAUAUACUAGCAUAGUAGGUAAAUAUUGACUUGUCGAUAAUUUUGCUUUCUCCAGUGGAUCUUCAGGCAAUGAUGGGUUUACUGUUACAUGUAUAUACGGUAAUUCGAACCCAAGAGAUAUCAUUGCCUGUAGUUUGGGUUUACUUGAAGUCGUUAAAGAAAUGAUUAUCAAAAACUAAAAUUAUCAUGAUUAGAUAUUUAUUGAGCAAAACGUGAUGGACCAGCUGAACCGAAAAAUGCCGUCCGCUCCAAUGAAUCUCUUACUCUGUAAUUACCCUUACACUUCUCAACGUGACUCAAUAUAUUGUACUCAAAAUGGAAUUUUAAGGAACUGGAGCCAUUAGUCUAAUGCCGCAUUUCCUGUGCUACAUAGAGAACUAAAAAGUCGAUUACAGGAGCGAGGCUCACUGAUACCUAAAUCUUUUCACAUUUAUGAAAUCGUCAUUAACGAUAUUACAGAAUUAAUCUCGCCAUUAUCCCAAAAUAUGUAACAUUAGCAUCUGCAAUUCUUUCUUUAUUAAAUAGAAAAGGCUUUUAGCUAGGCAAGAAAUUUGUGAAACACCCCCUCCUCCGCCCUGCAUAUUUCUACAAAUGAUUUACUUCACAUAAUUGCCUCUGAGCAUUCUUCUGCAUUGCUUUACGUAACUCAUCUUGCAUAAAAUAUGUAUUUAUUGAAGUUAUUAUAGCACGCGUUCGUGUUUAUAAAUAACUUAUCAGAAAUCUCUUGGCUGGUUUGUUGGGUUAGAUGUGGUAUGACGUCAUAGCCCGGGUUAUCAGAGACAUGUAAAUCUAUUCGAGGGCUCUUCAUUUUCGUCCUAAAACAAUGAUUCUGUGUAUAUGUUGU